CGGCGUGACCGCUCGGGUCGCGGGGGUAUAUGCAGUAAGAGAGCUCGCCGUUGUCACGUUCCGUUUUGUUCUUUUGGAAAAUUAAACUGCUGUCCACUUUGCAUGCUUCUCGCGGCUGCUGUGUUGACACACGCCUUCUUGGCUUGUUGGCGUUCCUCGGGGUGAGCGGGGCGCGGGGCGGUGGUUGCAGAGCCGCUUUUGUUGGGCUGCCUCUGCGCGGACUCCCAGCCGCCGACACUCGGGUCUCCACCUGUCUCCAGGCGCUCGGCGUCCUCCGGGUGUGUGGCGCUUCAGAUUUCCUCCCGCCCCUCUGGGAGGCGUUGUCUCGGGCGGCUUCGGCGCCUCCUCGGGGUUGCCUGUCAGAGGACCGCGGCAUCCUCGCGGACGCCGUGAGAACUCUGAGUGGAGGCGUUGAUCUUCCGGCUGGGACUGGCUGGGAAGCACUUUCCUCAGGAACCCUGAUGAAAUUUAGAACCAUCUUUUCAAGUUCUAAAGAAAAUCUGGUUGCGAUAUUGUUUGUGAUUGCAUUGAAUUUGUAGAUUAAUUUGAGAAGAGACAUUCUUUUGAGUUUUUCCUUCUAGGAUAAUAGUUUCCCCAACAGACUGCAUUGCCAAACUCGUGGAUUUUUGUUAAUCUGAAUAGUGAAAAGUGAACUUGACAAUAAAACUCGGAAACUGGUCUUUGGAGAGGAGUAGGACUGCAACUACUCUUUCCAUUUUUUCAUCAUCAUUGGUUUAUUCUGAUGUUUCUUCCAUUUAGACCAAUCAUUUAUGACAUUAACAGAGAACAGGAGUAUGUCAAGAAUUCUGGGGGUAUACUUGGUGAAAAUGAAUUAAGACCACCCUCCCAGCUGCAGCCCCUCUUAGAGAAGACUGAGACAGGGUUCAUAUCAGAAAAGAUUUUUGAGACAGUAUCCUUGAGUUCAGACUCUCUCUUCCAGAGGACAGUUUCAAUUCUCCAUACUUCUUACUUGGACUCUGCAUCUGAGCAUGGUUUUCAGUACAGUCAAGUGACUUUGGUGAAAAAUGACAUUUUCUUAAAUGAGUACAAAACUUUUUACCAAGAAAAAAAAGCAAAUAACUAUACUGACGAAGAACUUCAAGAAACUUAUGGGUUUCUUCUGUUUGAAACUGAAAGUCAGGCGAAGUUGGUAUGUCAGCAUGGACUCUGUGUGGGCAGCAGUGCUAUCACCACUCUGGGGGACCCAGCGAAAGGUGUGUACAUUUCCAAAUAUUCAGACUAUCUUCAUGCAAGACCUUGGUAUCAUGGGAAGUCUGGUUAUGUUGUAAUUUUUAAUAUAAUUAAGGGAAAAGUCAAGUUUGUGCCUGAGAAUUAUACAGCUAACUAUACUAGCCCAUCUUCUGGCUAUGAUUGCCAUGUGGCUGUAAAUAUUAACAAGAUUUCUCACAAGACAAGUCAUUUUCGCACCUUUGAACUGAGUCAGUAUUACCUCUAUGAACUUUCAGGCAGCACUGUUACUGAGCGACCCAGACAGAUCUGUCCUUACCUGAUUGUAGCUUUUCAGUACAGGGAACCUAAAAAGAUGGCAGCACCAGCCCAUGAUCAUAAAAGCAUACUUGAACUCAGAGAAAAUGUUCUCAUCUCUCCAUGGAAAGGGAAAUUAAUUAUACAAGGCUGUCUGAUGUGUGAUAUAACUCUUUGGUCUUCCUGUGGUACAGUGGUUCCAAAACAACUACCACAUGAACUAGAUUUUAAGUAUGUAAUGAAAGUGUCAUCUUUGAAAGAGAAACUACCAGAAGCUGCUUUUAAAAAACAGAAUUACAUGGAGAACAAAGUCUGUUGCCAAGACAUGUGCUUCAAUAUGUAUGAGGUGGAGCUCUCAAACAAACAGGGGGAGAAAGUGGAUAAACUAAUAGAAUACAUUAAAAGGGAACAGUUGGCAAUAAUCAAAUGCUUAGAAGAUCGAGAAUUUUUCAUUUUACUUACGUCAUCAGCCUUAAUGUCCGAAACAGGUUUUGGAGAGGAGCAGACAGGUCUACAUGGAUUGCAUUUAUUCCACUCACCUCCAUCAGCAGCAGGUCUGACAGACUUGAAAGUUGAAGAUGACAUCUCAUUGAAGGUGGUGCCUGUUUUGCCUGCCCUCAAUUGUGCCCUGCUAGAAGCAAAGAAAUCACUUUCUGAAAAAAGAAUCUCUCUAAACACAUUAGUAAAGCAUAAUUUCCAAGACUUGUCCAAGGUGAACAAAAGCCCUCCACUAACUGCUGCUUCCCAGGAUGGAUUUAAAGAAACCGGCUUCUCUGGCCAAGUGUCCAGUGCUUUUGACUUGACUCCUCCAGCUGAAAAGUGCCCUUUACAGUCUUUAACUCAGCUGAAGUCUUACUUUUCAGAUGCGAGUGGGUACAUUUUGGGAGUGUCUACUGUGUUAGGUCUAUUGGCAGAGCGUCCUCAGUCUCCUUGUAUUUCAGAUGGGAUUUGCGAUACAGGCUUUUCUUUAGUGAUGACUCCAGAUCCUGAAUUUCACGAUUCAGAGGCAGAAGGAAGAAAAGAUACAGAAACUGGAAAUAACUCUGAAGAUGUGUUUCAAGCAAGACAGGGAGCUCUGGUCCCGCUGAGCCUAGCACCAAAUCUGAGAGUGCAGCCCAAGAGAAAGGCGAGCACUCUGCCCGUGGUACAGAGUAAAAGGGUGAACUUGUACCGACCCUUCCCCAAAAGGACUCCUGCUGGAGGAAACAAGGGUCCCGCCUCUACCACAACUCUCAAGCUAGUCAAAGGACAGUUUCCUCAGAGGAGAAAAAGAGGUGCUGAAGUGCUGACUGCACAGUUUGUGCAGAUAACCAAACUGGAUAGGAAAGCCCAAGAAGCUCCUAGUUCUAAAGAUGUUCCAGUGGCAACGAAUGCUAAAAGGGCAAGGAGACGAGAGACCUCUCCAGACACCCCUGUUCCAACGGCUAAGCCACCCACGAAGAAAUCUCCACAAAAACAGAGGGUAAAUAUAGUAAAAGGCAAUCAGAAUCCAAGACUCAGAAAACAGCCACAACCUGCCAAAGGAGAAACUGCUUUACAGCUUCAAUCAGAAAUUUCCAGUGGUCAAGAUAUUAGCAUAAAUACAGCCCAACCAGAACAUGUCACAGUGGCCCCAAAAGCCCUGACUGAAACCUCUGUUGUCGGCUGUGACUCCCAGGCCCUAAACAUGCUGGCCGACCUGGCUCUGAGUGCUGCUACCUCCAGCACGCCAUCCCCCGAGCCCAGAAACCUCCCCUGCUCCCUGGAGCUGCCGCAAAACAGUGUUCCACUUUCUAAAGAACAGCUUUUGCAUGGGACAUCAGACCACGAAUACCACAGAGGAGUUAAAAGUCAGAAAGGUGGGCCGUUACCCAAGCCCUCCUCUGACCAGAGUAAUCUGUCUUCAGACCCCAUGGUCAGCCCAGAGGAAGAGAGCGUGGAUCCUGGCAGUUGGGCCCCUGCAGAAGCCCAGCCAGCACUUCCCAAGGAGACUCAUGAGAGUUCCAAUGCAAGCCAGACCUCUUUCGUGGCUGCGGAGCAUUCCUACGCCCUGCUCCUCGCAGAACAUUCAAAGAGGGGGGGCCCAGGCUUGGCCUUUGCCAAGAGCAGCACCAAAGGCUCUGACAUGGGGACCCCCGUGGGGAAGGUUAUACCCUUCCUGCGCCCGACGAUGACGUCCCCGCUACAGAAGCUCUCCAUGGCCCUGGCCUUUAGGCACAGGGGCAGGUUGCUGCCCACUGGCCCGCAGGACUUCUGCUGCUCCUCGCACACGGUGUUCUGCUGUGACGGCUCCUUUAAGGUCACGUUCACAUGCGAAGCAGAUUACUCUUUCAGCUUAGACAGCAAGUACACCAACAACCCGCUGGAGAAGACUGUGGUCAGAGCACUGCAUGGGCCCUGGAAUACUGAUUUACCGGAUAACGUGGAAGAGGUGAAGCUUCUGCUGCAUAUGUGGGUGGCUCUGUUCUACAGCAGACAGAACAAAGUUGUGCGGUCAUCCCGGAAAGUCGUAGAACACAGCAACCCAGCAAAAUAUGUGUCCAUAAAUAGCCCACUAGAGUCAUUUGAGUUUGGUGAAAUUGAGGAGCCCUCCGGGGUAGAGAGGUACUCCUUAGAUCCUCUGCUGGAGGCCAGCGAGGCUCCCAGAGGCUGUGCAGCUGAGGUGUCCUGCCCUGGCUCCAACCCCAUGCGUCCUUUCACAAAGCUGCCUCCCGUGAGAGGCCUGGAGCUCUGGGUGCAGAAUGAACAGAAAGAAAUGUUUGCAACAGUGGGUCACCAGGAAAGCCCAGAAAGCCAGAAUUUCAUCUGUUCUUGUAAUAACGAGAUAAUUAGGGGGAAAGCUGAACAAGAGUCAUCAGGUAAACUGGAGACUUCCAAUCUUGUGCCUCCUAGCAUUGGAAGCAGUCAAGCUAAUGGACCUUCUGUUGCUGGUGAAGAUAAAACCUUUGAGCCUCUUAAUAACACACAAGUGACCUCUUGUAAUGAUACUGCCCCACAAACCACAUUUGCCAACAAGACUUAUGAUGAGAUCAGCAGUCCAUCAAUGAUUUGUCAGAAGUCUGUGUAUAGCACCCUUGAGAGCAAAGUUGAUAUUUUUCAUGCACAAAGGGAAACAGAAGCAGAUGCUCUGCAGGGCCUUAUCCGGUGUAGCAGCCCCAUAAACAAAGAAUGUCAGCCGUUGUUGGAGGGGAAGGGUGAUAUGGGAUACGUGAUGAUUAAUCUGGAACCAGUCACGCUCACUUUGGAAAAAAGUGCCUAUGUGCCAGUACAGACAGAAGCUGUCAACAGAGCUGACAAACCUACAGCCUUUAACGUGGAGUUGACUAAACAGGUGUCACCUGCUGCAAGCCUUAGACAUCCCGUGUCCACAUUUGAAAAGUCACAGAUGCAGGCCCUUGGGGACAACCCCUCACUGGCAGUGUCAGGACAAAAGGGCACUCAGUACCUCCAUGCCUCAUCAGUGUGUAGAGAGACACUUGCUGAAGAAACAUGUUCCUUACAGAAGGGACAGGCUAUGGCAGGCUCACUUUCACCAUCUGAUAAUCCCAUGGUAACAGAAGCGUUACCAUUGGCUAAAAGUUCAAAUUACUCGUUACCCAGAGGAGAAAUGAAACUCUCUCAAGAAUUCCUUCUCCCAACACAGAAUCUCUUAAGCAUCUCUUCAGAAGAAAUAAUAGAGCCGUCCCAGGUUGAGGUAGUUCCAUCGUCAGCCUCUGCCCCCUUGGGAAAAAAGGAUUCCCUUAACUACAUCGCAUCAAUAAAGAAGACUCUGUGUGGCUCUUCAGAACUAAAGAAGGACAAGAGUGGUCUAAACAGUGAAAAUAUUAGUUUUCAAUCAUUUAAUUCCACAUUUACCAAAGAAGCAGGCCUGUCUGUGAAUAGAGAGGAGGUCAGCCUCAAGGUAUCAGAGGAGGAUUCCAACCUUGACCUCACUCUCACCCUAUCACCACCCAUGAGUCCUAGGGAAGAAGCGCCCAUUGGUGAAGUGGAGCAACUGCGGGAGGCCCCGCUACCCCGCGUAGGCCUUCAGGAGAUGGCAGAGGAAAUAUCUGUGCCCGAAGAGGUUCCUUCCAUAGAAAACAGAGACGUGAGCUCUGCUGCUAACACAUGUGUGAAACCAGCAGAAAACAAAGAGGGAAAAGGUGGUGAUUUACAGACAGUGGCUUUCAUACUUUCUAAAGAAACGUGUACCCUGGAGGUUGCGGAGGAAGUUCACCUUGCCUCUGACUUCCCGUUCAGUUCCUUGAUUGAAGAAGUGUCACCAGCUUCCAGCCCUGACCCCCAGGCACCAGUGGAAGAAGCACCACCAGCUCAGGCCACAUCUCCACGUGGUCUGAAUCACUGUGAUGCGCUCGGUGAGAAAAGCGCCAGGCUCUCCAAGGUCGAGUCAGGAGAUUUGGCCGUAACAGAAAAGGAAAGUUCUCUUGUUGCUGCCACCUGUCCAAUGGAACAGGAUAACUCAGCUCAGGUACAGCAGAUGCAAUUUUCUGCUGAAAUGCCUCUACGAUUACAGAACCACGCAGGAAAAAAAGGUAGAUUCUUAAUCCUUCCUGGUGACAUCACUCAGGAAACUGGCCCGAGUAAAUGUGGGGAGGGCUUCUCUCUCUCAGGAAAGAGGCCAGACUGCGAUGCCAUGGUAACCCAGCCUGCCUGCACUGUCACGUACGGAGGUUCUCUAGAAAACCUGGUAUCGUCAGGACACCCACUGCAGCCCACGGGUGUGGAGACCUGCAGCCCCCACCCAUAUCAUCGUGUCCUGGAGACCAGUGAGCCUUUCAGUCCUGCAGAGAUCCCUGAAAACAAGUCUUCUGCUGACAUGUAUGUUUCUACAGCCACACCAAGUGCUGUGGUGACCAGCACUCAGAGCCUUCCUGAAGACGUCUUGAGCAGUGAUGUGAAAACACACGAAUGCUGUUACAUCCUGGUUAAGUCCUUGCGCUCCGACCCAGUUGCUGGAGCGGAGGGUGCACAGACCCACGGGCACCCAGAGCUCCCCAAGCCUACGCUCCCCUUGGGCGGGCCCACUGCAGCCCACAGCGCAGGCCCCAGCAACACGGGGACAGGGUUACCGACCCAGGAAGUCCCUAUCGUCAGGAUGACCCAUCUGCUCGACAGUGAGAAUAGUGGAGCCGAGUUACAGGGAAGAGCCGUGGAUCCUGGAGGUGCCGGCCCCCAGCUGCUCGCCACCUCUCCACAAGGCAGACAGGAGCCAGCCUGCCCGCUGCAGGAGGGGUCCCCGUGUGCAGUGUGGGAUCUGCUCCGUGGCGGACUUCUCCCCACGUAUCUGCAGGCUGAUGCUCACCCGGGUACUGCAGGCCAUGGCGAGAGUGCCGGUCCAGAGCCCCCUGCGUCCUUUGCUCCCCGAUCUGGCGCACCUCCCGCUGGUGGGGUCUCUGAAGAGCAGUUGCAAGGUGGGAGUGUGGGCGAGGCAGGCACAGGUGGAGGCAUGGGUGUGGGCGUGCUCUCUGACAUCUACUAUGAACCCCUUUCUGGAGACUCGGAUCAGGACUCUCUGGGUGAGUAUGGACACCCCAGAUACAACACAGAAGAGUCCUGUGCUUCACAAUAUGGCCACACCGGGAAAAGAGAAGGUGCAUCCAAAGACAGUUACAACUCUUUCCUGAGCCUGAACACCAGUGAUCACAACUGGGGCUACGCAAGCCAAGUUCCAGGGCUGGAGAGCAGCAUUCCUCCCAGAAGUCGGCUGGGUGGACUAAAGAAGGAAGCUACGUGUAUGCCCUGUUACGUCCAAAUCCGAGAUGUCUGUGGGGUCCCCAGGAGCUACGCCAACUUCACUGUGACCAGAAAGCUCAGAGACACCCCAAGAACCCUGCACGGCUUAAGGCGGCGCCCCACCGGCACUGCCCCGUGCGGCUUGCUCAGCUCCUGGGCAGACGCCUGGCAAGGGGCAGACGAUCUCACCCAGAACACUUUAGAUCUGGAGCACCUGCGUUUUGCACACAAACUGAAACAAAUUGUGAAGAUGGGAGCCGCUCGGCAUUCUGUCCUUUUGCCCGGCACCUUUCCAAAGGAGCCCCCAGCCCAGGUCACCACAGGGGCUUUCCAUGGGACCCCAAUGCCCACAUGCCCGGGGCUGCCUCCCGCCUCCCGAAGCAGGAGUCCUCUCAUGGUGACGAUCGUGCAUCAGAUGCCUAACCAUGUGGACUGCCCCUCCUCCUGGAAGAAGAGGUGUGGCCACAGUAGAAAUCACCUCACAAACUCAGACCAGAAUCAGACAGCGUCCUUCCACCUCCACAAGCUGAAAUACAACAACAGUACAUUGAAAGACUCGCGCAACGACAUCGCUGUCAUUCUCAGCGAGUAUGCCGAGUUCAACAAGGUGAUGCUGAGCAGCCGCCAGGUGGUCCAGGACACGGAGCCGCCUGUGGCUUUGGGAGCAGCCGUUCCCCGCGAGCUGUGUGUCUGCGGCCCGCAGCCCGCCUCCUAUGAGGACCUGGUGGCCGACCUGUGCUCCAGCCUGCGCGUCAAGCUGGAGCGAGUGGUGAGGGAGGCAUGUUCUAGCACCUUCCUCUUCCACCUCGUGGAGACAGAAGACAAGUCCUUCUUUGUAAGAACAAAGAAUAUCCUGAGGAAAGGAGGUCACACAGAAAUCGAACCUCAGCAUUUCUGUCAAGUAUUUCACAGAGAGAAAGGUGCACUUUUAGUCAUCAUCAGAAAUGAAGAUAUAGCAUCCCACCUGCAUCAGAUCCCUUCUCUGCUGAAGCUGAAGCACUUUCCCAGGGUCGUCUUUGCCGGAGUCGACAGCCCUGAAGAUGUCCUCAAUGACACCUACCAAGAGCUGCUUCGGACAGGAGGCUUUGUGGUAUCAGAUGACAAACUACUAGAGACUUUAACGUUAGUUCAACUGAAGGAAAUUGUCAAAAUCCUAGAAAAACUAAAUGGAAAUGGAAGAUGGAAGUGGUUGCUUCACUACAGGGAAAAUAAAAAGCUAAAGGAAGAUGUGAGAGUGGAUUCAAUUGCACAUAAAAAGAACUUAAUAUUGAAAUCGUAUCAGAGUGCAAACAUCAUUGAGCUGCUUCACUAUCACCACUGUGACUCUCGACCAUCAACCAAAGCUGAGCAUCUGAAAUGUCUGGUGAACCUGCAGGUUCAGCACAUCCACGCCAGGUUUGCCGUCUUCCUGACAGAAAAGCCUGUGGUCUCCAGAGAAGUCUUUGAAAACAGUGGCAUCCUUGUGACAGAUGUAAAUGACUUUAUUGAAAAUAUACAGAAAGUAGCAUCUCCAUUUCGGAGUAGCUACUGGUAAGAACACUUCCCAAACACUCCCAUGUGAGCCGGAAUUGACAGGAGUAGAUACCGACAUCUGUGUCUAUGAGAAACCAUUUGCUCAGAAACUGUUUUGUAUGUUACUCAUCAUGCUGUAAAUUUAAAGUGUUUAUUUAGGGGUGGAAUUGCUGCUGGUUUGGCAUAAAGGGGACUUUCAAGUAUCACUAAUGAAUAACUACUUUCUAAAUGAUGAACGUUUUCACUUGCAGACAGAAGAUAAUGUAACCUAGACUCCUGGAUAUCUUCCCCAGUAGAUAGCAUCCUACUUAUGGAACAGUUCUUGGUUAUUUUGUUUUAAAGACAGAAUUAUCAAUUUUGUAUUUACCCAGGUGGCUCAACUGCAGCUUACCUAGACAUCGACGAUGCCGACAACAAAUUAGUAUUUUCCCUUUUCUUUGAAAAUCUUUGAAAUCUCAAAUCAGUGUUUUGCAACCUGGGGAAAUGUUUUCCUUCAUGUUUUACACGUUGCUAGAACGACUUUGUUCACAGUAGCACUGUACUUACUCAUUAGCUUUGGACUGCAGUGUUCAAUAUUAUUUUCAUUUUGAACAGAAUGCUUUCAAAGCUAUUAAUUGAACUUAACAUUAAAAAUAAGAAUUUUACAAGUGUACUGAAUUGUAGCAAAAAAUACACCUAUACACCAGUAGCUCUGUUUUUGCAUGUUAGGGUCAAAAAUGCAUCUGUAAUGCAUGUGACAGUCUGUUUUAAAGGUUUUACCACAUACAGUCUUAAGUGGUUAUAUUUCCUGUUAGUCAUGCUACACUACAUGAAAUUAUAGUUUUUUCCUAAAUGGUACAAAUUUAUGAACUGUCACUUUUCACUUACUCAGUUUAUGUAAAUACUGCACUACAAAAUCAAUCCUCUGAGGAAGAAAUAAUCUUUUAUUUAUAUUAGAAAUAAUUUCUACAAUAAUCUUUAAAACUCAAAACCAAGCAAAAAACAUUUGUACGAUACAUAGUAUCUAUUUGGAACAAAGAUUUUUGUAACUAAUUUUUUUUUUUUUAAUAAAGACAACCAAAAA